AUGGCGAUUUCGGAUGAAUCUGCAGCAGAUUCCAAAAUUUCGCCGCCAAAUACAUUUGGAUCCGUCGUAAUCGAAGGCACCUUCGACCGAUUACACGACGGUCACUGCCUUUUCCUCAAACUUAAUGCAUGCUGUGUUGAAGAGCUUGAGAGAGAAGUGCUCUUGGAGAGAUUGUUUGAAGAUGAUCAAAAGGGUCAAAUUGAGCCAUUGAUGGGUGGAGUUGAUACUAAAGAAGAUAAUGAUGAUGACGAUGACGAUGACGAUGGAGGCUAUCAAAGAAUUUCUUUGGAGUGGUUUAAAUUUUCUCUAGAUCAGGUAAGAAUAAAGCAAAGAAAUUUUGAAUUUCUUUGGAGUGCUUUGAAUUUUUUCUGGAUCAGUCCGUAUAUAGCACGAGAUAGGAGAGAUAGAGACAGAGAGAGAGGGAGAGAGAAGAAGGAGAAGAGCCAAAGCUGCCGCUGGGACCAAAGAAGACGUAGAGGAGCAGUCACCAUAGCUCGAAGCAGUUUCAUAAUUUUAAAGGGUUGGGACUCGAAAGGGCUGAGAGACAUGCCCCCUCAAUCUUCAGGCUUAUUUGGAAGUUUUGAUGGCAUGUGUGGAGUCGGAAAAAAGAAAAUAAGGUCUCCCACUUCUGGUAUUGAUGUACGAUUAGAGAUGUGGAGAUGCAAUCAAGCUUGCCCAACAUUUGGUGAGAAUGAAACAGGCAAUUGGGUGUUUCAAGGGUCUUCAACCACCAACAAAGACGGACUAAGCGGUCAGCUGAUGAAUAUAGUUGAUGCUUUGAAUCUGGGGACAUACCGGAUAAGUUUCAAUACAGGAAAAUAUUCAUCAGGCGGUUUCUUUCCUUUUGUCUCUAUCGUGUUUCAAGUUAGGAAGUCGCAAAAGUGGGAACAUUUUCGUGUUCCUUUAAUGCUUUCACUGUUCUCUUUCUCAACUUACCGUGGAAGCUAGAAUUUGUGUCUAGUCAUUGGCAAAUGAAACGUAUACACUUUAUACUUGGACAUUUGCAUUACACGUGUGAGUUUUUUUUAUCAAUUGUUAAUACUCUAAUUAUGCAUGUAUCUUAAAUUGAUAUUUAUACAAAGUUUAAAGAUUUGUAUAGAUAAA